AUGAUAAGAUAUGUGAGACGAAAAUGUUUUGUGGUGAACAAAAGUAAGAUGCUGAUUUAUUUGUGCGCAGUUUUGGUGACUUUUUCGAUUGGAUAUUAUCAUCGACUCAAUUUGGAGCAAUUGGUGAGAUUCUUUUUUCUCGAAAAUUUAGGUCUAGGGCGUGGGAAACUGAGAGCGCUGUGAGACCUGAAGUUUUAGAGCUAUUAGCGCUACAUUUCAAAUUUGAAAAUUUUCUAAUAAAAAUAUGGAAAUUCCGAUUUUUCGCUUCUCAUUUUCUCAAAAUUGCAUUUCGAGGAUAGAAGAACAGCUAAUCUUGCUGUUCUAAACAAGGAAAAUCUAAUAGUGUACGUAACAUUGUCUGAAACUCCCUAUGAAUCUCUGAAAACGCGCUGAGAAAACAAAAAAAAAUAAAAAUUUCAAAUACUGUAGUCUAUUCAAAGGCACACAUUGGAAAUUGUUAACCGCGGUGAGACCAAACCUCACAAACAACUCAUGUUUCUUCUUUUUGUAAUUUUUUUCAUUUCAAUAAUUUUUGGCACUAACAGAAUUGUGAGCUUUUCAACAAAACCACGUGGAAAAAUUGCUGUUUCAAAAAUUAUUAUUUUCAGAACAGUUCGCCCGGGAUAUCUGGCCGGGAAAAAUUCCUUCAAACGUCUCAAGAAAAUGAGGAAAAGAAUCUGGAAAUUUACAAUGUAAGUUGUUUAUUUUCUAAUAAUCUUCUCCCCCAAAACCUGAAAUUUCCAGACGUUCGAAAUUCAUUCUGCAAUUUCUGGUGGCUCAAAACCCGCUCAACCUCAGCCAAAAAGCUGGAAACCACCAUUUUUCAAAACGAAACCCAAGCUGAAAGUGUUUGUCUUGCCAUUUUCACACGUGGAUCCGGGUUGGCUUGAAACUUUUGAGAAUUAUACAUUGAGAACAAAUCAAAUAUUGACAAAUAUGCAUGAUUUUAUGAUGAAAAAAGAGAAUGAAAAGAUGCGAUUUAUGUGGGCUGAAAUGGUGUUUUUUGAAAGAUGGUGGAGUUUGCAGAAGGAAAAUGUUAAGGAAGAUGUUAGAGGGUGAAUUUUUGAAUAGAAAUAUUUGAUGAGAAAAUCUGGGAGGAAGAAAUUGUUUUUGAAAAUGAAAAUCAGUUUGCCACGUGGAAUUUUUGGUAGGGUCACGUGAAUGUUUGAAAUUUAUUUUUAAUUUAUUUAAAAACUCCAAAAUCAGCAAAUUCAGAUUUUGGAUCCCUUCAAAAAAAUUUAACAUUAUCUUCAAAUCUAAAAAUCAUCAAUUUUUCCAGAUUGGUCAAAUCCGGUCGUUUGGAACUCGCUUCUGGCUCUUGGGUUAUGACAGAUGAAGCCAAUGCAUAUUUCCCAGUUUCUGUCGAUAAUAUCAUUGAAGGAAUCAAUUUUGUCCAUGAUAAUUUCCAUCAAAAACCAACCACAAUUUGGUCAAAUGAUCCCUUCGGAUAUUCAAAUUCAGUUCCAUAUUUAUUCCAAAAAUCCGGAAUUAAACGAAAUGUGAUAAAUCGAAUACAUCAUUCAAUUAAAAAACAGCUUCAAAGUCAAAAGGCGAUUCCAUUCAAAUGGCAGCAAUAUUUUUCGAGGGAAAAUGGGAUUUUGACACAUGUUCUGCCUUAUACUCAUUAUGAUAUUUUGAAUAGUUGUGGGCCAAAUGCGGAUAAAUGUUGUCAAUUUGAUUUCAAGAGAAUCACACAUUGGAAUUGUCCAGGACCGGCACCGCAAAACAUUACUCUACAAAAUGUCGCAGAGAAAUCGAAAAUGUUGGUGGAUCAACUGAAAAUUCAAUCUGAUUUGUAUCGUUCGCCGGUUAUUUUAAUGAUGCAUGGAGAUGAUUUUCGAUAUGAUAUGAUUCAGGAAUGGCAUCAACAACAUGAUAAUUUUAUGCCGAUUUUUGAACAUAUUAAUUCUGGAAAUGAGGUGGAGAUCAAAUUUGGGACAUUUACGGAUUAUUUUGAUGCGUUGGAGGAGGAUAUUCACAAAAAUCCGGAAAAUCAACCGCCAGUUUUGGAGGGUGAUUUCUUUCCGUAUAUGUGAGUUUUGAGAGAAAGAAUAAAAAUCUACAGUAUUCCUGGCCUGAAAAUACAUAAAUAUCAUUAUUGAUAAAAUACCGUAAUCAUAUGACAGUAGAUUUUUUUCCAAUAAAAAUGUUCUUCCAAAUUCUAGAAAGUGAUAAUUUGAUUUCCUAUCUGGCUCCAAUUUCUACAGUAUGAUUUUUAAACUCAAAACUACAGUAGCUCUACAGAGUUUUCUUUGAAAAUGAUUUUUUAAAAACUAGAUCACGUUCAUAAUUUUACUUUAACCCGAAAUUUAAAAAUUCAUAAAAAAAAAUAUUUUCAGGUGUGCUCUUGGCGAUUAUUGGACUGGGUAUUAUACAACUCGACCAUUCUAUAAACGGCAAGGCCGCAUUUUACACGUUUGUUUUUCCCCAAAAAUUUUCCCCUAAACAUUUCUCGUUUCCAGAGUCUGUUAAGAACUGCCGAUUUGCUUAUUGCAAUUUCCACCCAAGAUCUGAACAAAGAAGAGAUUUUUGAAAAAAUGAAGAAAGCUCGUCGAACUUUGUCACUUUUUCAACAUCAUGAUGCGAUAACUGGAACUUCGAAAGUUCAUGUGAUGACAGAUUAUUCAAAAUUAUUGCAUGAAAAUAUCAAAGAAGUUCGAACAAUUAUUAGUCAAGUUACGGAAAAUUCAGAAGUUCUGCGAGAAGAGAAAAAUAGUGGAGAUAUUGAAAGUGAUAAAAUUAUCGAAACUGCGAAGGUUAUUAGAGUUUUUAAUCCUUUACCUUAUUCUAAACAAGAUGUAAUCGCUGUGAGAGUUAAGAAUUCGAAUUUUGGUGUGAAAGAUCUGGCAGAAUAUCAAAUCGAACCACGAUUUUUGGAAAAUGGAUCUCAAGAUGGUGAAAGCUUCCUCUUGGUUUUCACAGCAAAAUUAGAAGGAUUAAGUUGGCAUGAGUUCGAGAUUAUUGAAGAAACUAGUAGUACUAAAAUGGCCCAAGUUUCUGAUUUGAAGAUUAUUAGUUCUAAUGAUGUGAGCCUUGAAAAUGAAGAGAUUCAAACCAUCCACAAUAAAUCAUCUGGAGAAAUAUUGGAAAUUUUAAACAAGAAAUCUGGGAAGACUACAAGUUUGAAGCAAUCUUGGAUGACUUAUCCGCGAGCUUUUGGUGGAGCAUAUCUUAUGAGAAUUCAUCAAAAGCCACAAACUCUCAAAGUAUUGAAAAUUAUUGUUGUGAAAGGGCCGAUUCGACAAAGCAUAUAUCAGAUUUAUGAAGAGCCUUCGAUUUUGCAGCGCGUUUCAGUGAACGCAAAAAGUUCGGAGAUUGAUUUAUCUGUGAGAGUUGAUAUAAGGAAAACACAGAAUACUGAAUUGAUGACAAGAUUUGAAGUGGAUUGGAAGAAAGUGCGGAAAUAUACGGAUAGUGUUGGAUUGCAAUUGAUUAGACGGGAAAAUUAUGAUGGGUUGAAUGUUGAGGCGAAUUAUUAUCCAAUGCCAACAUCGGCGGUGAUGGAGGAUGGCAGAGAGAGGUGAGGGCUUUUUUUGGGAAAAUUUUGAAUAAAAUAAACAAAUUUUUCCCAGAUUCACUAUCGCCUCCAAUUUGGAACAUGGCGCGAGAUUUGUUGAAUCUGGAAUUCUGGAAAUCAACAUUGAUCGAAUGUUGAAUCAAGAUGAUGGAAAAGGACUUGGCUCAGAUUCUAAUUCAAUUCCUACUGAUUUAAAACCAGUUGAGAUGGAUUUCAAAAUCCUGAUCGAACCCAAAAACGAACCGAAGCAUCCUUAUUAUUCUACACAUUCUAGUCAAGCUCAGAAAAUGGUUCAAAAUGUGAUUUAUCCUAACUUGAUAGUAUCAUCAGAUAAAAAAGAAACCUCAAAACUGGAUGGGUUUUCAAUUGAACUUCCUUGUGAUUUGCAACUUUUGACGAUUCGGCAGCUUUCUGGGAAUCGUCAAUUUUUAACGAUUUUUAAAUUUUCGACGGUGUCUUGUGAAGAAGAUCUUAAGGUAACUACAAAACAACGUCACCUAAUUAAAAUAGAUGAUUUUUACAGGCCUCACUUCAAAAAUUAUUCAACAAAAUGGGUGUUAAACGGGUACAACGAACUGAUUUGAGUGGUGUGACAAAUAUUGGAGAUGUUCAGGAUGUUCAAGCUUUUAAUGUGAUUUCGAUAGAUGCUUUCGAUUUUUUGAAUCUUGUUUUGUAUUUUUAA